CCCUUUUUUUUUUUUUUUUCCUCCCUUCCCCCCCCCCUCCUCCCUCUUCCCCCCCUCCUCCCUCUCCCCCCUUUCGCUUUGAUUUCGCUCUCCUCCCCUCUGCGCGCCCUGUGUCUGUGUGUGUGUUUUUCGCCGCCGAUCUUCACCAAGCCCCUUGGCAUGAGUUAAGCACCAGCUAUGGACACCAAACACUUCCUGCCACUGGAUUUCUCCAACCAAGUCAAUUCCACGUCCCUGAACUCUCCCACGAGCCGGGGGCCCAUGGCCACCCCAUCCCUCCACCCGUCCAUCGGGCCGGGCAUCGGCUCCUCGCUGGGCUCCCCGGGCCAGCUCCACUCGCCCAUCAGCACCCUGAGCUCACCCAUCAAUGGCAUGGGACCUCCGUUCUCCGUCAUCAGCUCGCCCAUGGGCCCGCACUCAAUGUCCGUCCCCUCCACCCCCAGCCUGGGAUUCGGCACCAGCAGCCCACAGCUCAACUCACCCAUGAACCCCGUCAGCAGCUCAGAAGACAUUAAGCCACCCCUGGGGCUCAAUGGAGUCCUCAAAGUGCCAGCACAUCCCUCAGGAACGAUGGCCUCCUUCACCAAGCACAUAUGUGCCAUCUGCGGGGACAGAUCUUCAGGUAAACAUUAUGGGGUUUACAGCUGCGAGGGCUGCAAAGGCUUCUUCAAGCGCACGGUGCGGAAAGACCUCACCUACACUUGCCGCGACAACAAGGACUGCUUGAUCGACAAGCGCCAGCGCAACCGCUGCCAGUACUGCCGCUAUCAGAAGUGUCUUGCGAUGGGGAUGAAGCGAGAAGCCGUCCAGGAGGAGAGGCAGCGGGGAAAGGACCGCAACGAGAACGAGGUGGAGUCGACAAGUAGCGCUAACGAGGACAUGCCCGUGGAAAAGAUCUUGGAAGCUGAACUCGCAGUGGAGCCAAAGACAGAGACGUACAUUGAAGCAAAUAUGGGCUUGACGCCGAGCUCGCCCAACGACCCAGUGACGAACAUAUGCCAGGCAGCAGACAAACAGCUCUUCACCCUGGUGGAGUGGGCCAAGAGGAUCCCCCACUUCUCCGAGCUGCCCCUGGACGACCAGGUCAUCUUGCUCAGAGCAGGGUGGAAUGAGCUCCUAAUCGCCUCCUUCUCCCACCGGUCCAUAGCCGUGAAAGACGGGAUCCUCUUAGCCACCGGGCUCCACGUGCACCGGAACAGCGCGCACAGUGCCGGUGUCGGGGCCAUCUUCGACAGAGUACUGACAGAACUCGUGUCAAAAAUGCGAGACAUGCAGAUGGACAAGACAGAGCUAGGCUGCCUGCGAGCCAUUGUCCUCUUCAACCCCGACUCGAAAGGUCUCUCCAACCCGGCUGAAGUGGAGGCGUUACGGGAGAAGGUGUACGCAUCGCUAGAGGCAUACUGCAAACACAAAUACCCCGACCAGCCCGGGAGGUUCGCAAAGCUCUUGCUCCGUCUCCCAGCCCUCCGGUCCAUUGGCCUGAAAUGCCUGGAGCACCUCUUCUUCUUCAAGCUAAUAGGCGACACGCCAAUCGACACCUUCUUGAUGGAAAUGCUGGAAGCGCCCCAUCAAAUGACUUAGAGAACUGCUGCUGGGUCAGUCCCUCGCCCGGCCGGGGUCUCGCGGGACCCCUUCCUCUGCUUUUCCUCCGCCGCUGCCCCAGCCCGUCCCUCCCUCCUCUCCCCGGCGCUGGAGGCACCGUCUGAUCCGGGGCGACCCCCUGCCGUCCUCGCCUCCUCGUCGCCUUCACCCUUGUCCGUUUGCUGUCACUGCUGCAUCUCAAGACCUGCCUCGCUGGUUCCCUGCGCUAGAUGUAGAGAAGUGGGAGCGGAGAGAGCUUGCCACCCACUGCCCUGGCUCGCACCUCUGCCCCGGCCCCCGCUGUGCCAUGAGUUUCGGGGUGAGCCACUGGCCGGGCUUGGCAUCACCCCGCGUGUAUGCCGCGGCCGACGGUGCUUCCCGUGGGGCAGGAGCGGGGACAGGGACGGUCCCAGCCCUUGGGGCAGUGGGGUUUGGACAAGUCGAGGGGAGUGGUUGAACUCGCCGGAUUGCAGCUGGCUGUUUUCAGAGGAUGGAGUUUUUGAAAAAGAGAAGAAAAAAAAAAAAAAAAAAAAGAAUUCUAUUUUUGGUUUCUAACUAUUAUUAGUAGUCUCGGUAGUUACUUCACGGAGGGAGAGGCGGGCUGGAGAGGCGGCCCAGCCCGUGCCCCGUGAAUGAGUCACCCGUGGCUGCACAGAGCCUUCUCCUUUCAAUUAAAAGCAGAGGAUUUGGGAUUGAGCUGAAUCCCACCCCCCAAAUAACGAGGUGACUGUUGGCACAGGCAGCCGGGGCACCCUCUCACCCCCUGUGCGGGGGGUCCCGCGGGCGGCAGCACCUGAAAAAUCCCCUUUUGCCGUCCCAGAGGGCAGCCGGGCAUCGCUGCUCUUCCCAAAGGUGCCUCUGCGCUCACUCUGGAGCUGCCCACGCAGACACGAGCCGGCUGGAGCACUUGCUUUAAGGCUGCCAGGGACUUAACAUCGCCCUUCCCCAGCUCACAGGGUCUUGCUGGGACCCCUGCCCUCACCACUCUGCCCAGCAUCCCGGCACGGCCCCACUCGCGAGGCUCGGUCCAGCCCGUCCUGCCAGACCCAUGCUUUAUUUCAAGGGCUGUUGCGUUGGAGCAGCAGGAGCUGGCGUGUCAGCCAUGGCUCCUUCUUGAUUUUUCUUUUGGUCCUGACCUGGUUUAGUGAGGUUGGAGGGGCAUUUCCAGCUGGUGGGGUGGGCUUGACAAAAACACCCCCUCCGUGCCCGCAUUCCGGGUACGCAGCAGCCCCAGGUACCCGCAGGCAUUUCCCCUGGGCUUCGCCUCGCACAAGCCCUCGCCUCGCACCGGGGGUUUCGGCUCGCCCAGGAGCCUGCUCCCGUUGAUUCAGCAGCUGCCGUGCGAAACACUGCAAGGCAACAAUUAGUGGGAGUGCUUGGCCAGGUUGAUAAUUGUGGCUGUUAAUUAGUGGCGAAGCAAGAACAGGGCUCCCCCUCCCCUCAAUCUCCGCCAUGGGGGAGGGAUGCGGGGGCUGAGAGGUCCCGGCUGGGUGGGGGACGUGGCAGCAGCCCCUGCCCGCGUGGGCAGCGUGCCCAUCCCUGGUCCGUCCGGGAUGCUGAGAGCAUCAAAAGCACCUUGGCUUUUGCACGGUCCUUUCCUUGAGUCUUGGUGUGGCAGGACGGAGAUGGACAGGUUUUUGGGGAAUAGGGACACUGUCCCAGGAACGUGCCCACACCCCACGGGAUGGGAUUCCCCGGGGAGCGCGUGGGGAGAGGUCAGCCAGGGAGCGUUUCCCCAUUUCACCCUCAUCAGGUGUCUCCAGAGCCCUGCUGAAAAAAUGAGCUAGAGAAAAAAAAAAAAGCAGAGCAAGCGGUGAGGGAUGUUGGGGAGGGUUUUUUUCCCCUUUGGCAGGACGGACUGUCCCGAACACACCAUGGGGCGGGUGCUCGGAGCCAAGAACGAGGUGCCUGCGGUUGCCCUGGGGCCAAGGGCUUCCCCACCGCUUUCAUGUCUUCUGUGCUUUAAAACGUCAAAGUAUUAGGUCCCAAAGGUAUUUCUCUUGCUCCCUGUGGGUUGUAGCUGGCUCUUCAAACAUCUCCUUUGUGCCUGGAGGGGGAUGGAGCCGUGCCCACCAGCUCCCACCUCUAUUUUUGAGGGGACACAGUUGUCACCCGCCUGUCGUCAUCCCGCCUGGCAGCUCGAGUCCCCGGCUCCAUCCCCUGCAGUUAACCAGGCCAUCUCAUUGCUAAAUAAAUACUCAGGAUUUCAGGUCAUAACUUUCCCUUAGGCUGGCCUGAAGUGGCAAAUCCACAGAGGCAGGGAAAGUGUUUUGGCUGUGUUUCUCCAGCAGCCUGCAUGCCGCCGAAAAUAUUAUUAAACAGCUUCACCCUGCAAGAAUUUGCCAAGAAAACUAGGCAAGAGAAAUGAAAUAUGUAAAGGGUGCCAGUAAACACGAGCAGGCUGUUCCUUGCCAGCGUAAGGCUGGCGCAGCCCCACGGGGGGCUUGCAGGGAAGUGUUUGCUCCCAGCCAGCCGGCACGGAGCUCGGCACGGAGCUCAGCCCGGAGCCAAACCAGCCCCCGGGCAGCCGGCAGCCCCCAGCCCGGCUCUUGCCGGUGGAAAGAAGCCUGGAGCUUGCUUGCCGGAGAGGAUGAGGGUGCUUUGUGAAAGAGUCGGUGGACGUUGCACUAGAAUAAACCCGCUGUCCUCCUCCGUUGGGUGGAAUCGCUUCUUUCCUGAUUGAUGGCUUGGAAGGGGCUGCUUGGUGCUGGGUGCUGAGCUGUGGUGGCUUGCAAGGCUGUGGUCUGGCCGGCUGCAGCCCUGGGCACUGCUGGGCUGCAGAGUGGGAGCUCCCGUCUCGUCCCGUCCCAUCCCGUCCCAUCCCAUCCCAUCCCAUCCCAUCCCAUCCCAUGCCACACCCUACCAUGCCAUGCCAUGCCAUGCCAUGCCAUACCCUACCAUCCCAUCCCAUCCCGUCCCAGUUAGCAUUUAACCCACUAAAAAUAAAAUGCCACAAGCGAGGGGGUGUUCUCAGCAAGUAGCGUGGUGCAGAGGGGAAGGCUCUGCGGGCUAGGGCCUCUCGGUCGGGACGCGUGUCUCCGUGCCUCAGUUUCCCUGCUGGAGCAGCGCACAGCCUCAAUUUGUGCUCCUGGCUGAGGAGGGUUUUGGGGAAAGGCCGAGCAUUGUCCUGGGCUUUCUGGUUUUGGCAGGUGUCGAGGGAGCCCCCACAUUGCUGUAACUCAGCAUGGCUCUGUUGCUUUCGGUGAAGCUCUUCUGGUUUCCCCCGGCAGCCACACCGGGAAUUUUGGGUUGCCAGCGGGUCCUGAGCGUGUGCGAUCAACCCCCAGAGCCUGGACCCCAGCCCACCCCGGCACAUCCCCCUCCAACAUCACCAGCCCAGCCCUCCCUAGCAGAAGGAAAAGCUUUUGUGCGUCCGGUAACAUCUGCCACAGCAGCCUUAAAGCAAUGUGCUUUUGCAUGAGUUUGAGUCUUUCAUUUGUAUUCUUUUUCACUUUUGGCUUUUUUUUUUUUUUUUUUUUGUCCUCAUCAUAAUAAUUAUAAAUAUACUACAUGCUUGUUUGAAGAGGUGAUACAUGGGUAAAAGAAAAAAAAAAAAGGCACAUUAUUCACUAGAGAGGUAGAAAUUUCAUUUAACCAGAUCUUAGUACUCUUGCAAAAAUCUGGUUUGAUUAGGGUGAUCUAUUUUUUAAUUUUUUUUUUUUUAAUUCCUUUUUGUUGGUGGGACAAUCUUUAAUUUUCUAAAGAUAGCACAAACAUCAGCUUUUCAGCCACCCACCUGCCACCCUGGAUGUUCCUCACUGCCUUCUUGCGUGUGCGCGUUUCAACCAAGCCCUAACCCAAACCCGAGCCGAAUCCAGCACGCCCGUGGGCCACCCCGGGAGGAUGCUGGAGCUUCCAGAGCAUCCACCUGCACCGAAGGGCUGAGCAUCGCUGCCUGGUGGGACCCGAGGAGUGGAAUUAGGGGCAAAAGACCUUCAUCUCCCCAGCACCCAUGGGUGUGGGAAGCCCGCACCGACCCCCCGAGCUCACCGGCAGCUUCUCCGCACUUCGGAGCCGGCGGUCCCCCCACCCGCCCCGUCCUCGUGGGGCUGGCUGGGCUCGGGUCCUGGUCAUAAAAAGGGUUGAAGCUGGUGGGACCGUGGCUCAAGAGCUGAUGCUGUCCCCAUCAGUGACGAGCGUGCAUGAUCUGGUUUAAGUUGAUACAUAUGUGCGUGUGUAUACAUGUAUGUACUGUAGAUAUAUACACUGUAUAAAUAUCCUCACUCACAUAUACAUAUAUUAUAACCGUAGCAACUACAGACUUUUUGUGGGUUUUUUGUUUUAAGUCGAUUCUUUUUUCCUAUUUUUUUCCUUGCUUUUUUUUUUUUUUUUGCUUCAUGUAAGUGAGUACAUUGUACCUGAAGCCCUUUCCGAAUUGGCAGAUGCCAAAUCUGGAUCUUUAUUCCUCGAGACAAAGGAACUGCAUCUAUUUUAAGAUGCUUUUUUGUUUUGGUUUUUUUUGUUUGUUUGUUUUUUUGUUUUUCUUUUAAGCAGCAGGUGGUUUUGAGUAAAAAUAGCUUUAGCAAUUCCCAAUACUUAGUGAUGGAUGCCUUGGCUAUGGGAUGCAUAGAUAAAAAAUAAAAUACAUUAAAAUUUAGAAUGACAAAAAAAAAAGAGAAAAGAUAAGGAAAAAUAUCUAAAGCAUCAAUAAAGUUAAAAUCUAUUUUUGUACAAAUGUAAUUUUAUCCCUUACGUAUUCUUGGAUAUUUUCUUUCUGGAUUGUUUUGUUUCUUCUACAGAGAUUGUUAUAAACUCUCUCUAUUUUUUCUCUCUUUCUCUCUCUCUCUUUCUCUCUGUAAGCAUUCAGCCACAGGGACAGGGAUCUGGAGAAGAGGGAGAAACUUUUGACCGUGUUUUAAAGGCUUUAUAUGAAAUCUCUUUUGAAAUAAUUUUUUUGAACGAACUUUUUAUUUUUUCCCCCACUUCCAAAAUCUUUUUCGGGGGGGGGGGGGGGAGGGGGCAGGCUGGUCUGGGGGUGUCUUUUGUCACAUAUAUCCGGCGUUCCCGCAGGUCUGUUUUACUGUGAAAUCACUACCGUAUAUUAUUAUUCACUUAAAAAAAAAAAGGAAAAAAAGAAAAAAAAAAAAGAAUUGCUGCUGGAAACGCCAGUAUUUU